AAACCAGCCACCGACUAACUGCUGGCUGACUGCCUGGCGGUUUAUGCACCAUAUAUCGAACCGCGCGCUUCAGAGUAGUGGUUUCGUUCGUUCGCUGGAUUCAUUAGCAGUUUGUUCGUCGACUGGAUCGGUUUGCUCCGCCGUGGCUCUCUGUUAAGGUACCGCGAAUCCGUAAUCGGCCCAAAACUGGUUCGGUGUGCUCGUGAGACGUGUAAUAGCCGCUGUGUAGAAUAGUGGUUUAGUGGGCAACCUCCCCAUCAAUACUUGUUUAUUGGUCGCGACAACGAAUAAGAAAACAGUCAUAGCUGGGUGUGGUGAUUUAAGCUUGGUCAAGUGGCGAAAUUUUUGAAGUUUUUCGGGAUAAUAAUUGAACUGUGAGUUUAUUGAAGUUCCGGGACAACGAGUUUUUUUGUGCAAGUGAUCCCUGGGAAGUGCUGUGAACAUGGGUCGUGUAAAAUUGAACGCGUUUGCGUUGAUGGCUGUGCUGUUGCCACUUGUUUGCGUUGCCCAGAGAACUCCGUCUAUCUCGUAUAUAACACAGGAACAGAUUAAGGACAUCGGUGGUACAGUAGAGCUCGAAUGUUCCGUCCAGUAUGCCAAAGAAUACUCCGUUCACUGGAUCAAGACCGGACGUGAUCGGUCCGAUGUGGUGUUCCUUUCGACGGGCAGCGCCCUCGUUCUGAAGGAUUCCCGUUUCGCGCUCCGAUAUGACCCGUCGUCAUCCAGCUACAUCCUUCAAAUUAAGGACAUUCAGGAGACCGAUGCCGGAAUCUACCAGUGUCAGGUUGUGCUUUCGGUGACCAACAAGAUAACGGCUGACGUUGAACUGCAGGUUCGUCGUCCGCCCAUUAUCUCCGACAACUCCACCCAGUCGCUUGUGGUGUCCGAAGGUCAGUCCGUUCAGAUGGAAUGCUACGCCUCCGGCUACCCGCCGCCACAGAUUACCUGGCGUCGCGAGAACAACGCUAUCUUGCCAACAGGUGGCGCAAUCUACACCGGCAACGUCAUGAAGAUCAACUCCGUCCAGAAGGAGGACCGUGGCACGUACUACUGCGUCGCAGACAACGGUGUCAGCAAAGGCGACCGACGGAACAUCAACCUGGAGGUGGAGUUCUCCCCGGUUAUCAGCGUCCCGCGGCCACGGCUCGGUCAGGCCCUGCAGUACGAUAUGGAUUUGGAGUGCCACGUGGAAGCCUACCCGUCGCCCGCCAUCGUGUGGGUGAAGGAGGAUGUCCAACUGUCCAACAACCAGCAUUACGGCAUUUCUCUGUUCGCCACAGCGGACGAGUUCACCGAUACGACCCUCCGGGUGAUCACCAUCGAAAAGCGCCAGUACGGCGAGUACUACUGCCGGGCAAUCAACAAGCUCGGCCAAGCCGAAGCCAAGGUGGAACUGUUCGAAACGGUCAUCCCCGUGUGUCCACCGGCUUGCGGGCAGUCGUACUACGGAGGCGAUGCCAGCGCGGUGUCCGUGUCGAGCUUCCUGCUAGUGGUCACGGCAUUGGCCGCGCUGUUCUAAGAGUCACCCCUCUCGAACCCUCUCGAUUCGAUACGAAUUAGGGAACGCGGUGAAGCGUUUGACCACGCCCCGCCCUUAGAAUCACACAUAGAUAGUGAUGGUGAGAUAGAAAUAGGACAUUAAUGGAAGGAUGAAAUGCAUGAGGGGUCACAUUCCAAUUGGAAUUGGUUGUAAUUGGAAAUGGUGACCUCGAUCAAUGGAAAAUUUGAAUUCAGAAGCAAUUUUUCGGUGGAAUUAGAUUCUGCUGAUUGGAAGAUAACAAAUAAAGAACAUUCCAUCAGUUUAAAGUGUGCGAUUGAGAGUAUACAACUUUUUAUUGCAAUUAAAUGUAAAUUAAAUGGAAACAUGUUUAGUAUAGGAUGAUUAAUAUAAUCUAAACAAUUUUACAGACAGUAGCAUAAGUACGUGUACGUUCAGAAACGUAAAUAGUUGAUGAUCCAAGAAUAAAUACAAAAACGAAAAAAGACUCUUAACGAAACUCAAGUAAUCUCCAUUAUUAGUAGAACCUUUAACCGUCCAAACAAAGUAUUGUUCAAUCAUUCCAAAUCAUCGCGUUUUAUUGCGUUAAGUUCGAACUCAAUUUCGAUGAAGUCUCUUCUGUUGAGAGAAAGUUUUUUUUUUAUUUUAUUUACAUAGCUGUAGGAAUACAUUUUGGUUCUUGCUGAAGUUCAAAUGACAUUUUUUAUAGGUUUUAUUGAUUUUAAUAGCGAUAUGGAAAGUCGAUGGGAACUUUUCUCUCAACAGUAGACAUCGAUAGUGUCAAAAAACCCAAUCUUGUAGUAAGAUUCCCAGAGCGCCAACAGCGAAUUGUUGGCGCCUCGAAAAAAAACAAAACAAUUACAGUAGAAUAAAAUAAAUGUUGAACGGAGAACAUCCAGCAAUAACAAGUCAAAAUGUAUUCGAGAUAGCUAGACGAUGAUGUAAGAAAGACAAAAAAGAUCUGAUAAUAUAUAGUAACUUGUAGCACUGUCGGAAAAAUAAAGAGUUUUUUUUAAA